AUGUCCUCGUCACCUUCCGAUAGCCCCCAUCCUCCUCGCAGACCACAUCUCGUCCAGUGGAUUCUCGAUACCCGGACCCUCUGGCCCGAGGCCACCAGGACCAAUGAUCUCGAACAUGCCGCCUCUCGUGCCCUCGCGCUCCUGACGCCUGACGAGCGUGCCGGCGUCCUUCGCUUCUACCAUGUCCGUGACGCCAAGCUGUCGCUGGGCUCCCACCUCCUCAAGCGUCACGCCAUUGCCCGUUUCUGCGGCGUCCCCUGGUCUCGCGCCGUGCCCAUCCGUGACACCCCGACCGCCAAGCCGUCCUGGCGCGACCCUGCCGGCCGCGAGCCCCUGCGCUUCAACGUGAGCCAUCAAGCCGGCCUCGUGGCUCUCAUCGCCGUGCACGACAGCCAGGACCCCGGCGCCCUCGAGAUUGACGUUGGUGUCGAUGUCGUCUGCACCUCGGAGCGCCGCGUCCGCGACCGCGCCACCAUCGCCGCCGAGGGCUGGCCGCACUUUGUCGACGUCCACGCUGAUGUUUUCUCGCCGCGCGAGGUUGCCUACCUGCAGCACGGCAUCAUGGCGCCCGUGCAUCAGCUCCCCGGGCGGCCCGGCGGCGGCGCGUCGGCCGACGAGAUCGCCGACUUUCAGCUGCGGUGCUUCUACGCGCUGUGGUGCCUGCGCGAGGCGUACGUCAAGAUGACGGGCGAGGCGCUGCUGGCGCCGUGGCUCAGGGAUCUCGAGUUUCGGGGGUUCCGCGCGCCGGCUGCUGCGAGCGGGGUGGAGGGAGGACGCCUGACUGUGGAUGAGGCCGAGGGGACAGCAGUACGGCAGCACGAGAUCUACUUUGAGGGGACGAGGGUUGAGGACGCCAAUGUCUGUCUCAAGUCUGUGGGACCGGACUAUAUGGUUUGUGCUGCCGCGAGGACGCCUAAAAGCAAGGAGGAGGGGCUUGCCUUGAGGCUCGGUGAUUUCGAGCUGGUGCGCUUAGAGGAGCUGAUUGCGUUUGCAGAGGCAGCAUCAUGA